AUGCAUUCUCCCGAUCCGAAUCAGAACUGCCCGAAUAACGCGUCUAGCGGAGCAGCCUUUCUCGGAAAUUUGACUGCUGCUAGGGCCAAGGAAGCGCCUCCGGUUGACAGAGUGCGGGUUAUAAGCUGUUUGCUUAAUACGCUGUCUCGAGCCGAGGGGAAGCACUGGAUACGCUUGGCAAGUGCUACCGGAAUAAUACUUCUUUCACACAACAAGAGGCAGGAUAUGAGCGAUAUCGAUGCUCCUCCACACUUGAUGCAUGAAUCGCGUGAAGAGUCGCUUCAGAAAGCGAUUUUCAAUGUGAUCGACUUCUGGCUGAAACGACUGCAGCUGGUUACAACAAUCACCACAUUCUUCGCGUCAAUGGAUGCGCUCUUGUUCACGCUCGCAUCUACCGCCAUCAAUGGUGGGCGUGACAAUACAAUUAUUCCCACGAGGCAUACAGCAAAUGAUUUCAUUAGUGCAAGCCUCUCCGGCGCACUCAUAUUCCAUACCUGCGCGGCCGUGGUCGCAUUCAGCGGCGCAUUCGUGCUUUGCAGAUACGAGCUGGUCACGGCAGAACAUGCAGCAGAUGACGACGCUGCUGGCGCAGAGAGCAGUGAAAGCGGUCUGCACUCAUGGCAUCGCCCAGCAGGCUCCGACUCAUCUACUUCCAAGCACGGCCGUCCUACGACCCGACAGCUCGAAUCUUAUGGGUCCGAGCCGUCGCCGAGGCACGCCGCUCGUGCUGUGCUCAGACGCAUAGUGGUUCGCGUUGUGCAUCCACUGCGAUUCUGCACGUCCUCCCCUCCGCGCGAAGCCCUUUCCCUGUCGAAGUGCCUGACGACCGGGUCCGAUGCUGCAAUCCAGGAGAUGCUGCAUCUACCUGUGGACUUCUUGGAGCGCUGCUUGCGGUUGUCGCUGAUGAUGACAGGCGCAGGCUUCAUACUCGGGAUACUGGGCAUCCUCUCGUAUGCAUGGGUGGCGUUGCCGAGAAGCGUGAGCGUGUUCGCGUCGGCGUGCGUUGGUAGCUGCUUCUUGGUUAGCAUCUUCGUAAUUGUAUGA